AUGCGCAACCCUGACGGCGUCCACCUGGCGUCGACAUUCCUCCUACUCCUCGUGCUUCUGAUCGGCCCUGUCGCUGCGACCAUUCCAUACACUCCGUCAUAUCUCCUGUACGAUUUGCAGAACAACGCCUCUUUCACCUAUCUGUUGCGGCCGGGUAGCACCCAAGGAACUACUGAGCUGCUUUCUCUGAACGUAUCCCGGAACAUUGAUGGCUCGAAUCCUCGCUAUAAAACCCUGUCGGAGGAGGUCCCGUUCGACACCGAAAACCAGACGUCUUCAUUUGUUCCAGUAAUCGAUCAACACGGCGUUAUCAAGACCUAUGCCGGCAAUUGCAACUGCGCGCGGGAGAAUGCUACGGUGUGGCAGUUCACGCCGAGUUCUGGCAGCGCGACCGGCAACGGGACAUGGGAGAGGUAUUCUGUCGAUGCAACGAGCGAUCCAGCGAGCUCUGGGAUCCAUGGCCCGAACUAUCUCUCCGCAGGGUUUGCGUACGCCAGCUCCAACACGAGCGACAGCGCCAUUUACGUCUUUGGGGGAAUGUGUCCAUUGCCGAACGAGUGGGGUCCCACUUGGAUGGCUGCUGCAAAUUACUCGCGGGCCAUGGUGGUGUUGAACCCUCCAAAAUCCGAUAAUCCUUCCUCAUAUCAAAUCUCAGCUGCCGGCGAUCGCGCACCUCCGAUCCCAGAGGCCGGCUUUACGAUCACCCCCUUACUUCCAGCAUAUGCGGCUACUCCGAUGGGCAAGCUGUUGAAACAACAAGACUUCCUGUUGAUCGGAGGUCAUACCCAGAAGGCGUUCAUCAAUAUGUCCCAGCUGGCGCUCUUUUCGCUUCCCCAGAAAAGUUGGAGCAUCGUUCAUGUUGGAUCCUCGCUUGGCGAGUUAAAAACUGACCUUGCGGCUCGCAACUCGCCAGCGAUCGAUCCGCGGUCUGGACAUACCGCCGUUCUCUCCCCGGACGGGAGGAAGGUGAUUGUGCUUGGAGGCUGGGUUGGCAAUACGGGUGUCCCUGCAAACCCCCAGUUGGCUGUCCUGGAAAUCGGGGAUGACUCCACGGGCUCGGAUGGCUGGAAAUGGAGCAUCCCGUCUCAGAAACACAGUCCGAUCGCUGAAGGGACCGGCAUCUACGGCCAUGGCGUGACGAUGCUUCCUGGCGGAGUGAUGAUGAUCGCAGGCGGCUAUCGCAUACCCCAAUCUUCCAAAAGAUCCGCCGCCGGUCCCCAGCUGAACACCCAAGUCCAGCUGUAUAACGUGACUUCGGGCAGUUGGGUCUCGUCGUAUAAGAAUCCGAACUAUGUCUCAAACCAACCCACGUCCGACGAGCCCAGUGAUCCCGAAACGAAUACCGAUCCCGUUUCCCAUUCGUCUACAUCUCGAACAAUCGGGCUCGGUGCAGGACUCGGCGCUGGGAUUCCAACCCUCGCCGGCGCAGCGAUCCUUGUUUGGUUCUACUGGAGGAGGCGACGAACACGCCGCGCGCGCGACCAGAGUCUCCGCAAGUUGGCCUUGGAUGCGCAGAGAGCACACUUUUGGGGCCAAGAUGAUCCUUCGAUGGCUAGCAGCAUCCGCAGGCCCUCCAUGAGAGAGACCAAUCGGGACUACCCCUGGAACAAUAAUCAAGGCACUGGCCGGUCAUCUAGUUGGCCAGAUAGUGGCGAUGCCGCCGCCGAAAGAACUGGGCUCCUCAUGGACAUCCCUACCCCUACCAAGACCAUCCGCUCGGGCCUGAAUGCAAGAAUGUACCGGCCCCCUGCGCCGUACAACGAAUACCGACGCAGCGACGGAACGGCCGAGAUCCACCCGAUAGACGAGCGGGAAGAGGAUGAGAUCCAAGACCCGGAGCAGAGAGCAGCGCGAGAAUCGAUGGACCCGUUCCUCACUCCUCGAAGCACCAUCGUCGGGGAAGAACAACUAUAUCCCAACGGCGUUGUGCCCGUGUUGGCCCCCAGCGCUGGCCUGGGACAUGAUGAGCCUUCUUCUCCGGAUAAGAACGACCGGACGUCCUCGAACUUAUCUGAUUCAUCGACCGAGGCCCGCUCUGCCCAUCAGUACCAUGGUGUGCUCUUCAGUAAUUCUUCCAGCCAACCGAGCAGCGGGCGUGUGUCGCCAGAAAAGCCCGGCUCUUCAUCCGGACACAGCAGUCACACCCCUCAACACCGACCAGAUAGUGCCACGAUCCCUCAAGAAAAACGCUACUCCUCGGAUUCCUUCUCCACCGCCCACACAACCCUCUCGCAACGGCAGGUCGAAGGCGAACAUCUGCUCCAAGAAGGCCCCCAGUCCCCGACGGGGGAUCUUUUCCCAAGACCCCUUUCUAUUUCGAAGCCCAGGACGUCGGACUGGAUGGGCAACGUCCGGCGAGUGCUCUCCGUCACGCGGAAACGGCCGCCAGCGAACGACGACUGGAAUGACACCUCCAUGGCUUCGGGCGUUGAUCGAAUGGGCACGGUCCUCGGAGCACCAAAGGCACUACCCGAGUCAUCGGGCAGUAACUCGCAGGUUCCCCGUCGCUCGGUCAGUGCGUCGGCCGAGCUGUUCAGGCGCAAACAGGGCCCCAGGAACUGGAGCGCCGGCAACCGAGUCUCGCGGGAUAUGACCUCCCAAACGCCCAUCCGCGAUGACUUUGCCUUGGACGGACUUCUCGACAUGAUGGAGGGCCACGAUGACUCCGACUCCGACUCGGACCUCGAGGGCGCCACGGAAGGCAGACGGGUCCAAAUGACAUACACAGCGCCGAAGGAAAGGUUGCGAGUGGUCAAUGCCACUGCGCGCGACAUGGACAACUUCUCCGAGAAAUCCAUCAGUCGCAGCAAUAGCGAAGCGUAA